AAAAGAUAUAUUUAUUAAUACAGAUCUUUAAAAUACAGUAGUUGGUUAGUUUAUAAAUACGUUUUUCUUUCGAUUGAAUCACCUUAUAAUAUGAGUUUUGGAAAAAUUGUUCAUAUUUCAUUUGAUUUGAUAUUAGUUUCCUCUGUUCUUGCAGGUAUUAGACGUUCUACCGGUUUAACCAUUAAAACAAAUAUGUUUGAUAAGGAUACUGAAAUGUUUAUUGAUAAGUAUUUAAGUCUCGGUAACUGGGUGAUGGAUCAAAGUAUUGCUUUUAUGACUACAAGCAAAUAUUUUGAGAGACGACGUAUUUAAUGAAUAUUGAGGAAACGACAGGAGAGGAAAAGUAGGGUCAAUAGUGUAUGGCUAGG